AUGCAUUUCUCUAACUUGCUUCCCACUUUGGGAGGUCUUGUGGCCGUUGCCCAGGCCUCUCCUCACCUUUUGAACGGUGUCGGUCUUGGUCUUGAUGUCGAUGUAUCUCUCGGCGGCAAGGGAGCUGGAGUUGAGGCUGGAGUUAACCUGGGAUCUACCAAGGAGACUGUCGCUGACCUUCCCAAGAAGGUCACUGCUGACCCUCUGAAGGCUGUCCAGCAGUCCAAGGCCAGCGGCGUUUCUACUUGCCCUCUCGCCCACAGCUGGGAGGAUCACACCCUCUUCAAGGGUGUCGCUGCCCCUGCCUCCGCUUCUGGCCCUGCUAUCAAGCUUGGCCUUAACCUCCCCAAGGCUCAGAUCCAGGGUGAUGCUACCCUUGAGCUCGUCAAGGGUUUCCUCCAGGAGCCUCGCGUCCGCAUUGGUCUCGGUGGAGUCAAGGCUUACGUUGAGGUCGACAUUUCUGCCUCAGCUGCUGUCCACGAGUCUAUUGAGCUUUUUGCCUCUCCUGCUCUCCAGAUUGAGGUUCCUGGCCUUCUUGAGGCCGAGGCCGGUGCUGCUCUUGCCCUCGACCUCGUUGUCGGUGUUGACGCCGCUAUUGAUCUUUCUGCUGGUGUCUACCUUGCUUUCGGCGAGGAGGCUUUCGUCGAGGUUUCUCUUCUCACCAAGGACAUUGUCGAUGUCUCCCUCGAGGGACUUGUCACCAAGGCCCUUCCCCUCGGUAUCGCUGCCGAUGUUGAUCUCUCUGCCGCUGUCAACCUUCAACUUGGCCUCCGUCUCCGAACCGAAAUCGACCUGGAAGCCGACCUCGACAUCCCCGUUCUCGAUAUCGAAGCUGGCGCCAAGGUUGCUGUCUGGGUCAGCCUUUUCGAGUACACCGCUGCUCUCAUCGCCACCGACAACUGCCUUGUUUCCGUCGACGAGGUCAUUGCCCUCACUCUUGGUCUCGCUGUCGAGCUCGAUGUUGAGAUUGGUGACAUCCUCGAACUCAACCUUGCUCCUACCCUGACCGUCGAGCUUGCUACUGCUGCCAAGGCCAAGGUCUGCAUGCCCAACCGUGGCUCUACUGGUAUUUUCCUCGAGCAACAGGGCCAGGAUGGUGACAAGACCGAGACCCGAACCAUUUCCCUUGCUACCGUCCCUGCUGGAUCCGAGGCUACUUCUCAGGGCGAUGCUAUCCCUGACGCUUCUGGCGACUACGCUGUCCCCCAGGCCACCGGCGACUCUCCUCUCUACGGAUCUGCCGCCAAGCCUGUUACCACUGCUCCUGCUGUCGUCGCCACUCCUGCCCAUGCUAACGGCACCUUUGGCGAUGUUACCCGCACUCUCACCUCCACUCAGGUUUACACUGUCACCAGCUGUGCUGCCUCUGUCAUCAACUGCCCUGCUCGCUACACCCAGAAGGUCGUUACCUCUACCAUCAUCGAGAGCACCUACGUCUGCCCUGCCACUGAGACUGGUGCCGUCCCUGCCAUGACCACCUCUACUCACGCUGCUCCUGUGCCUGUCACCACCAUCACCGACACUCUUACCACUGUCGUCCCCUGCAAGACUCGCACUACCAAGACUUUCCAGCCUCCCACCACUCCUCCCCCUGCUCCCACUGUCACCAUCGUCGAGAGCACCACCUACUGCCCCGAGUCUGACAAGUCCACCAAGACUGGCGGCUCUGAGGUUCCCGUUGUGACCACUGGUGUUCCCAGCAAGGAGGUUCCUAACCCCCCCUGCUCCCACCACUGA